GUAAUAUAGUUACGUAGUUAUUCUAAUCUUCGUAAUAAAUAUAAAAUAAUGAGCCAUUAUUACCGUUCGUUGUCAAACAUCAAUAAUGAUUUAAAAAGUAAAAAUUAUCCUAGAUCCCUACCCUAUCUGAAGUAUCUGACGAUCAAAGAAUAUAGUCGUACGAUACCAUUAUAAGGUAUGUGUUGCUGCAUUUGUUAGGCUGUUGUUGUAAUAAUGAAUCCUAAAAGUCCCGAAGCACGUAGCCGAGAUGAAAACCCAUUUGAAGGAAUGAUAAUUUCCAAUUCAGAAUUUUUAGAUGAUUUGGAUAGCAGGAGUACAUGCCCUCGCUGUAGUAAAUCUCGGAUGUAUUUCUGCUACACAUGCUACAUUCCGGUACCCCCCAUUCAAGGAAAAAUCCCAGAAUGUAAGCUGCCUAUUAAAGUUGAUAUUAUUAAGCACCAACGAGAAAUCGAUGGGAAAAGUACAUCAGCACAUGCAGCAGUUUUAGCACCAUAUGAUGUUAGUGUUUACACAUAUCCAGAUGUACCUGAGUACACUCUAGAUGGCAGAACAGUAUUAUUAUUCCCAGGAGUGUCAGCUAGGACUGUUAAAGAAUUAUUUACUGGGCAAAAGGAUGGCCCAACUUAUUCUGAUCUUUUACUAGCAGAAUUACCUUCUGGGUACAACGUUUGCACAAUGAUGACAAAGAUCUUUAAUUCUGAUGAUAUUGAUGAAAUUCAUCAUGUCCAGAAAUUACCCAUAGAUAGAGUAGUACUAAUAGACAGUACUUGGAAUCAAAGUAAAGGUAUUUAUGCAGAUGAACGAAUAAGAAAGAUACCCACAAUCGUGUUACAGCGUAGAGCUUCACAAUUUUGGCGUCAUCAACGCGGAAGUCCUAGAUGGUACCUUUCAACUAUAGAAGCUUUACAUCAGCUUCUACUCGAGUUACAUAUAUGUGCAUGGGGAAGAAGUGAACACUAUGAGUCAACACUGACAAUCAAUUCUCCCAUACAUAAAGUAGAAAAGGACCACAUGCAGUGUCAACCUUACACAGGGCAAUAUGACAACUUACUAUUUUUCUUCAAAUUUAUGUAUGAAAAAUUACAUAGUCUUUAUAAGCAUGAUGAUUUAUUAGCAUAUAAGAGGCCAAUGACAUAGUUUUGUUUAACUUAGUAUAAUAUUUUGCCUUGAUGGUAGAUAGAAUAGCAGCUUACAAGAAAGGAUGAAACAAUAAUUAUCAAGGCUUUUAUUUUUCUUUCAUUACUAAGAAAUAUGAGUCAAUAUAAUUAGGUAUACUACUAAUACAA